CUUCGCUCUCUUUUCUCUUUCUUUCAUUCUUUCAGCCAGUCAGUCAGUCAUUUCCUUCCUCUCUCUCUCUCCCUCUCUUACGGAAGCAAUACUCAUUCCUUCCCUUACUUCUGGUCAUUUGGUUCAUUUCAUUCCUGUAAAGACAUCUAAUUUCUAGUUGCGAUCACACGUGCAAGCCUUCAAGGGCGAUGUCAUCUGCGUCUUCUUCGGCGCAAUCGAGUAGACUGAAUGUCCCCCCAUUGCCCAGUAUUUCUUCCAAAUCUUCUUCGAAUAUCAACGAUGCAAUCAACAGCAGUAUUGUUAAUGGAGAUGACUCCAACGCACUUUCCUCUAAUUCUGCGUCGCAGGCCGUCAUGAUACCAACGUCUUCAAUUGCUAUGAGAGGCAUCAUUAACGUCAACAGCAGCAACAGUAGCAGCAAUAACAGCAACAGUGUAGUCGGCAAUGGCAGCAAAAGCAGGUCAUCCCCUUUGUUUAUCCCCGAAAUACUGGAAUUGAUCUUCUUGCAUAUGCUCCACCAAUUUCAAUGCCCUACAUCCAUUCCAUUGCCUCAUGUAAACUCCUAUCAUUCCUCUUCAGGGUCUCCAGCUUCUACACCCACAGUAGCGGGACUGUGCCCAGAUAUUUAUUUGCAGAUUCGUGCACAGAAACCUGCUUCGACACAACUAGCUUUUCUACGAGUUUGUCGGUUCUGGUACGGGGUUGGGGAGCCAUUGAUAUGGAAAAACGUUAAAUGGGCAGACCAUCAAGAUCCAGAGGUCCAUCGGCGGAUAUGGAGCCAUUGGGGUCGGAUCAAGAGCCUGAGAUUUGAAUAUGGCAAGCGGACAACAGACACUGAAGCCCCCAUAGCCUCUGCAGCUGUUGCAACGACGGCUGAACUAUCAGCCGUGCGAACCCCCGAACCAUCCUCUGCGACCUCGUCUACGACAACGACGAUUGGAACAACCAAUCGGGCUAAUGGUCCGCGAGCAAGGAUGAGAAAUUUUUUGAGUGGUGACACAUCUGCAGCAGGGACCACAGUUGGCUCUCCCAGAGUGGAUCAACCGUUAUCGACUGAUGGUCUUCCUUCGACCCAGACGCAGAUAAUACAAGGUCGUCCUCGCAUGACAAUAGAUAAGGCUUUGCAUGAGCUUGCUUUGGUUAUGUCUCAGCCCUCGAGCCAACCGCAUUAUCGUCCUGUGCCUUUACCGCUUCGAGGAGUUCAUUUCCAUAAACAACUACCGCACAGCAUAUUGAAUGAGUCAAUACUCCAAAAACCUCCACUCCUCCAUCGCUCACAGUUGACGUCGCUCACGUUGACAGGCUUAUUUCGGUUGGAGACGUUCUUGACAGCGAUUCUGCCUUUUGUCCCAGAAUUGACCUAUCUGGAUAUCUGUUUGCGCUGCUAUGAAUGGAGGGAUGAGAUCCGGCUUGAUAAGGUGUUGAGGUCAUGUCCGAAACUGCAGUACCUGUCAGUGGACAGAAACAUGAUCGGGCUCGUCGAUUUUGGGGACGAAGAGGCCGUGCCCAGCUCAGCUAAUUCUUUAGAAGUUCUGGGCGAUUAUUUUGACAGUGACGAUACUGACGAGGACGACCAUAGUGGUUAUGACAAUGGUGGUGGCGAGCAAGGAGAGAUUUUGGAAGUUGCGAUUGAAAGUGAGCAGAAUAGGAGGCUUGAUUCAGCAAGUAGAAUGUAUUCGGGAACAUCAUGGCAUCUCAAAUACGCACGCUUACAGGCGCCUAAAGUGCUCAAAGUACAGGGUAACGGGCCCAGUAUGAACGAUCAGGCAGGUGCUUACUUAGAUAUGCCUUCUCAUCUUAUUGAUCCAUACGCCACCACAGAUCCUACUUCAAAUGAUACUCAUAGCGUGUCCGUACCGUCAUCAUCAUCAUCUCCAUUACCACCCCAACCGUCAGGAACCGCAACAAGUCCUGCAACAAAAAUACGAUCUCGUCGUAGCCGGCUGGCACAGACACAGCUACAACAGCAAUGUCAGCUCUCCUUCCCCCUACAAGUCCUCAAAUUAAAAAAGGUUCGGAUGCCAGAACGAGACUUUGUGCAGCUCCUCAAACGAUGUCCUGCACUAGAAGAGAUGGAUGUAUUCAGUACAAGCUACUGGAGCUGGAAACAACAGUUCUUACAAAGCGUUGCUCAGUCCUGCCCAAAGAUUAAGCAUCUGCAUUUAACGACCAACUACGCUAGUGGAGGGCCCGAAAAUAACAACAAUGAUACUGGGGCUGUGCAAAUUGGAUAUCUUCAACAACCAAUGCUCGCUGCCGUGGGAGAACCCUAUGAUCCUGCGAUUGAAUUGAUCAAGUUGUACCCAGCCCUGCUAUCGUAUGACGCACGUUAUGUUCGUUUUCAGGAUCGAGCCUUAAGGACCCUGCAACAAAACUGUCCACAUUUGGAACGACUUGAUCUAACUAGUUGUCGUGAAUUAAGCUCCAAAGCGGUAGAUUGGUUCCUUCGACAUAUGCCAGCAUUGAAGCACUUUUCGACCAGUCGGGCCAUGCUGCAGAUCGAGGAUAUGAUUGAAAUGAUUGAGGAGCAUGACCGUCAGAUAGCCGCUGCGACUGUCAGAAGGAGCAAGAAGCGAAAUGUAAGCCAUUUUGCCGCCUUUUCAGAGGUCGGGUCUGAAGCCGAAGACGAGUUUGAGUUUGAACCAGAAACCACACGUGUGACACAAGUGCCACGGUGGUGGGCAUGUGAUGGGUUAGAGACGCUUAUCAUUGGCGUCAAAAACCCAAAGCUACCUGGGUCUUCAGACCGAGGAUUUGAUCUUCAAGAUGAGGGGGCUGCGGACUUUCAGCUUUAUUACAAAGAUCACUAUCAUCAGCAAGGAAGCUCAUCCGGACCUUCUUCGUCCAAGGACAAGAACAAUGGCUCAUCUUUGCCGGUUUUUCCUCAGUAUAACCAUAUUCAAUACUGUACCUUUGUAUUCUUUGAACAAUUGGGCCGGUUAAAGAAAUUGAAGAGGCUCGAGUUACAUGGUGGACGGUUCGAUCUUGGGGUUCAGCAGGCUGCAACGCUUUCAUCAUCGCUGUCGUCCUUAGUACCACUUUCUACCUACCCUUUGAAUUCCGUAUCCCCACAACAGCAGCCAUUCUAUCAUAGUCAUUCUCAAGCACCCGUAGUAAUGGCAACGCUAUUGCACCACCAACAAUUUUCGUCUUCUGACUCGGACCAGAUGAAAGAGCCAUUGCAUGGCCCCCAGGAAGCGAUAGAGUCUGGAAAAGAAAGAACUGGAUCAAGGACACAGAGAAGUCUUGACCGGAUGAAAAGCUUCUUUUCACGAGGAAAUGGUGCGAAGACGAAGAGUAGACAGAACUCGGUAACGGGUGACGAAAGCGAGUUUGGCCCAAGCAAUAAUGACUCUCCUGACGAUAAAGACAAGGGCAAGGGGAAAGGGAAAGGGAAAGAUACGUAUAAAAACAAGCGCCAAAGCAAAAAGUUCAUGGGCAUGGCCAUGAGCAUAAACAUGAACAAGGGAAAAGGAAAGUCUGUAGACAGAACGGGACACUUUAGCAAUGGAUCCGACUACUUGAACGAUCAUCAUAUAUUGAACAGCCAUGGAGAUUAUUAUCACGACAGUUUUGAAGACGAGGAUGCUAACAAUGACAGCGACGAUGAUGAUGAUGAUGAAGACAGUGAAGAUGACAAUGACAAUAGCGAGACUGGGAUGAUCCGACAAAAAAACAACAGGGAAAGAAGUAUGAAGAAGAAGAGUAGGGAAAAGAACAAAAAUGAGAAUGAGAGCUACAAGAGAAUUGUACCUGGGCAUCUGAUGGGUUUGCAACCACUUGCAGGACUCAGUCAUCUAGAAUCGUUCUGUAUGACAUGGUCCAUUUUCCCGAUGCUCAGGGAACAGGAGAUUGCAUGGAUCUGUAAACACUGGACUAGUCUGGAGUGGAUUUCUUUGGGUCUUGUGCCUGAGGGAGAAUGGAGUCAUAUCCGGAUGUGGAUGCGUGCUAGACGUCCAGAUAUUAUCGUCAUCUUUGAGCGGUAAAAAAAAAAAAGACAACGUUUACAUUUUUAUUUUUUUUUAUCUUUUCCUCUAUUUAUAUUUUUUC